AUGUCUCCCUUGAGCAACAGCAGUGGCCCCGUCUUCAUGCUGAUGGGAUUUCCUGGCCUGGAGAUGUACCACCACUGGAUCUCCAUUCCUUUUUGUUCUAUCUAUUUCGUUGCACUGUUGGGCAACAGCACCAUCCUCUUUGUCAUCAAGACCAACCGCAGUCUUCAUGAGCCCAUGUACGCCUUCCUUUCCAUGUUGGCCAUCACUGACUUGGGCUUGUCUGUCUCCACGUUGCCAACAGUGCUGGGCCUCUUUUGGUUCAACAUCAGGGAAAUUGACUUUAAUACCUGUGCCGUGCAGCUCUUCUUCAUCCACACCUUCUCUUUCAUGGAGUCCUCGGUGCUGUUGGCCAUGGCCUUUGACCGCUACAUUGCCAUCUGCAACCCACUGAAGUAUACCAGCAUCCUGACAAAUUCGGUGUUGGUCAAGAUUGGCUUGGCCAUUGCUGCGAGGAGUUCCGCUAUUGUGUUCCCAACACCAUGGCUACUCAGGAGAUACAGGUACUGCAAAAGCAACUUGCUUUCCCACUCCUUUUGCUUGCACCAAGAUGUACUGAAGCUCUCGUGCUCCGAUUCCAGAGUCAACAGCAUCUACGGCUUAUGUGUUGUCCUCUCCACGUUGGUCGUUGACUCUCUACUCAUUCUGUGGUCGUACAUGAAGAUCAUCAGGACGGUCACAGCCAUUGCCUCCAGGGAAGAGCGGCUCAAGGCUUUCAACACCUGCGUCUCCCACAUCUGCGUCGUCUUGAUCUUCUUUAUUCCUGUGAUUGGGGUGUCCAUGGUGCACCGUUUUGCAAGGCACAUUUCCCCCAUUGUCCAUAUCCUUAUGGCCGAUGUUUACCUCCUCAUUCCUCCUGUCCUCAACCCCAUUGUGUACAGUGUGAAAACCCAGCCCAUCCGCAAGGGGAUCCUGGCGAUGCUGCAGAGGAAAGCC